AUGCCUCAAUCGUUGAAAGCACAGCUCCCCGUUGGAAAUAAAGACUUCACCGAUGCAACUGUUGUUAUCAUCGGCGCUGGAAUAUCUGGAAUAUGCAUGGCCAUCGACUUGAUCAAAAGAAACAAAUGUUACAACUUUGUGAUUUUGGAGAGAAGCAGCAGUGUUGGUGGGACCUGGAAUGAUAACAAGUAUCCUGGCAGCUGCUGUGAUGUAUGGAGCUCCCUAUAUAGUUACUCAUUCGAGCAAAACCCGGAAUGGUCAAGAGAAUACCCGGGACAGGAAGAAAUCCAUCAAUACUUAGUUGGCAUCGCGGAGAAAUAUGGGCUUUACAAGCACAUUCGAUUCAACUCGACGGUGGAAGAGGCUCGCUGGGACGAUGCUGAAGCCAAAUGGAAAGUUAAGCUGGUUUUAUCGGGCCAGAAGGACAGCGAAUACUCAACUUCCUAUAUCAUCAGCUCAGAUUUCUUAGUCUCUGCUGUCGGUCAGCUCAAUCUUCCCAGAUAUCCGACCAUCCCGGGACUUGAUGAUUUCCAAGGAAAGCUGAUGCAUUCCGCUCGAUGGGACUGGACCUAUGACUUGACAGGAAAGAGAAUCGCUAUGAUCGGAAACGGCGCCACCGCCGCUCAAAUAGCACCGGAGAUUGCUCAAAGCGCUUCUCAUCUGACCAUCUACCAACGAACACCGAAUUGGGUCAUUCCGCGUAAUGACGGACCAGUCUCUGGUUUCCACAAAACACUGUUCAAAUGGGUUCCGCCACUUUUGUGGCGCAAACGUGCCGCUCAAAUGGACUACCGGGAAAGCUUCUACGAAGCAGUGGCGGAUAAAGACUCACAAUUCGCGCAGGCAAUUCGAAUUGCAUGUGCACAGGCAUUGAAAGAUCAACUGCCCGACAACCCGGAGCUGUGGGAUACCCUUACACCCAAAUACGCGCCCGGAUGCAAGCGUGUCAUUAUAACAGAUGAUUACUAUCCCACUAUCGCCCGCAAAAAUGUCGAUCUGGAAACACGAGAGAUCACGGGCAUCACCGAUGCGGGCAUUGAAGUCGAUGGAGAAUACGAGCAGGAUUAUGAUCUAAUCAUUCUUGCCACUGGCUUCAAGACCGUCGAGUUUAUGCAUCCGAUUAAGAUCUAUGGGUCGCAAGGUCGGUCUUUGGAGGAUAUCUGGAGCAGUGGUCCCAGAGCCUACAAUGGUGUGACAGUGGAGGAUUUACCAAACUUCGGAAUGUUCUAUGGCCCCAAUACCAAUCUGGGUCAUAACUCCAUCAUUCUGAUGAUCGAAGCCCAAUCGCGGUAUCUCAACACGCUAGUUGGUGAAGUUAUCAAUGCCCGUCAGCGUGGCGAGAGCUUAACAUUCAAGCCCGAACCCGAGGCUCUGAAGAAAUUCAAUGACAGGAUCCAGUCGGUGUUACAAAAUACCAGCUUCGCGGAUCCAAAUUGCGCCAGCUGGUACAAGAGAGAUGAUGGUUUGAUCACCAACAACUGGUGCGGGACUGUGGUGGAUUAUCAGACUGAACUUUCGAAUGUACAUUGGCAGGACUAUGCAAUCGAAGGCACUGGUAGGAAGCGACUUUUGGGGAAGACGAAUACCAAAGUCAAACAGGCAAGUGAAGGGUACAUAUUGAGUGAUAGGUCACUUGUUGUGGCAGCUGUCGGAGCAUUAUCGGUGGCAGGUUAUUUUGUCGCCCGGUCUAUGUUCUUCAAGAGACCUUGA